AUGGCUCAACCCACGCAGCUCGCAUACCGCACGUCCAAGCACAUCGGCCUCUUCGAUGCUGCUCCGGUAUAUGAGCGACUGCCAGGCUUUCAAGUUCCUGAAGGCAACCUCAGGUGUUGCGUCUACUCGCCCGACGGACGCUUCUUCGCAUGGGCGUCGCCUGACAAGGUCUUUGUUGUCGACGCCUCGGUAGGGCACGUGGUCACUGAGUUGCCGGCAGAGAAUGUGUACGAACUCGGCUUCUCACACGCCGGCACUUACAUCAUCACAUGGCAACGGCCUUCGAAAGAUGAGAACGGUGAUGCUGUCAAGAAUCUAAAGGUCUGGCGGACCAUUGAUGACAACGCAGGCGAAGGCGGUGAGCGCGACGUGGUUGGCAAGUUCGUGCAGAAGAGCCAGACGGGCUGGAAUUUGCAGUACACAUCCGACGAGCAGUUUUGCGCGCGCUGCGUCAGUAACGAGAUCCAAUUCUACGAGAGCAAGGACCUGGGCACCGUCUGGAACAAACUGCGUCUGGAGGGUGUCACCGACUUUGCGCUGGCUCCGGGCGAGACUCAUUCGGUUGCCGUCUUCGUGCCGGAGCGCAAGGGCCAGCCGGCGUCUGUCAAGGUCUUCAAAGUGCCUGAGUUCAGCGCACCGGUAUCGCAGAAGACGUUCUUCAAGGGAGACAAGGUGCAGCUCAAGUGGAAUCAACAAGGCACGAGUGUGAUAGUCUUGGCGCAGACCGAAGUGGACAAGAGCAACAAGAGCUACUACGGCGAGACCAACAUGUACAUCCUCAGCGCCAACGGCGGCUUCGAUUCGCGCAUCCAGCUCGACAAGGAAGGUCCAAUCCACGAUGUGACUUGGUCGCCGAACUCGAAAGAGUUCGGGGUGGUCUAUGGCUACAUGCCCGCCAAGACGACCAUAUUCAACGUGCGUGCCGUCGCGCAGCACAGCUUCAAUCUUGCGCCCAGGAAUACCAUAUUGUUCUCGCCGCACGGCCGUUUUGUCAUUGUGGCUGGUUUUGGGAACUUGGCUGGCCAGAUGGAUAUAUACGACCUCGAGAAGAACUACGAGAAAGUCUGCACGAUCGAAGCGAGCAACGCAAGCACUUGCGAGUGGAGCCCAGACGGGAAGCACAUCCUGACUGCCACCACCAGCCCAAGGCUGCGCGUUGAUAACGGCCUCCGCAUCUGGCAUGUGGGAGGCGGUUUGAUGUACCACGAGGAGAUGAAUGAGCUGUAUCACGUCGUUUGGCGGCCACAGUCAGCGCUGCAACAUCCGCUGGACGACCCUUUGCACCCAGUGCCGAUUCCACAUGCAUCCGCGCUGGAGUACCUGGGCCGGGUGAAGACGCCGUCCAAGCCGGCAGGCGCGUACCGACCUCCUGGUGCGCGUGGGACGGCAACACCACUAGCUUUCAAGCGGGAAGACCAAGGCGGCGCUGCGUUCGUUCGUGAGAUGAUGUCUGGCAAGGAGCCGGAGACUAACGGUUUCGGGCCUUCCGCCGCCCGACGACGUGUCGUGCCGGGUGCUGAGAGCAUGGAAUCCAAACUCCCGCCUGGCGCUGUUCCGGGCGGAGGCGUCAGCCUUACACAAGAUGGCGAUGAGAAUCUCACCAAGGCUGCGUUGAAAAACAAGAAGAAGCGAGAAGCGAAAAAAGCGAAGGAUGCGGAGACCAAGGCAACAGGCCUUGCGGCGCCAACGGAGAAUGGCGAUAGCGGGCUCAGCGCCAAUGGUACGCCAAACCGUAGCCCUGACCGGAGGGACCGCCCUCGCAGUCGCUCGAAAAGUGGGUACGAGGCCCCUCGCCCGCCAUCAAGGAGGAGAGAGGGCAGGCCACCCGUCGAGACCGCAUUCGCUUCUCCUGCUAGAAAGACGCCCGUCGCUAAUGGUAGGCCUGUUGAAGCAGCGCCUGAAGCCAUGUUAGCGCCUUCCCUCGAGGUCACGAGUCCUGGGUCCGGCUCGCCGGAGGAGAAGAAGAUCCGGUCGUUACUCAAGAAGCUCCGCGCCAUUGACGACCUGAAGAUGCGGCAAGCCGGUGGCGAAAAGUUGGAAGGCACGCAGGUGCUGAAAAUUGGCACUGAAGUGCAGGUCAAGAAGGAGCUGGACCAAUUGGGUUAUACCGAGUAA